CAGACCCGUAAAGCCAGAUCAUGAAAAAAAACAUAAUUGACAAUGACAUUGACAUUUGACGUUCGUUUUGUACCAAAGCCGACAGUAUCGUGACUUUCAAAAAUUGAUUGUUUUUCACAAAAUAACUAAAUUUCAAAUAAAAUAACGCUAAUUUAAUAAUCAAACCAUGGCUGCGUCAGUAGUGGACACUUAUGCAGACCCGAACAUGAGCUGGAUGAACGCGCCCCACAGCACCGGCACCUCGAUCAUGGCAUGCGAGUUCGACGGCGGGGUCGUGAUCGGCGCCGACUCCCGCACCACCACCGGCGCGUACAUCGCCAACAGAGUCACGGACAAGCUCACGAGGAUCACUGAUCACAUAUACUGCUGUCGCUCGGGAUCUGCUGCGGACACCCAGGCUAUUGCUGAUAUUGUUACUUAUCAUUUGAACUUCCACAGGAUGGAACUGGGCGAGCCUCCGCUAGUUCAGACUGCGGCGGCCAUCUUCCGUGAGCUGUGCUACAAUUACCGCGACUCCCUUGUUGCUGGUAUCCUAGUUGCAGGCUGGGAUAAGAAAAAAGGAGGACAAAUAUACUCUGUCCCAAUCGGAGGAAUGGUUCAACGUCAAGCUGUCUCCAUCGGUGGGUCUGGAUCGUCCUAUGUCUAUGGUUAUGUUGAUGCCAACUUCAAGCCCAAUAUGAGCAAGGAAGAAGCCAAGAAGUUUGUCACCAACACUCUGACUUUAGCCAUGCUGAGAGACGGCUCGUCCGGUGGUGUAGUCAGACUCGGCGUCAUAACUGAAACUGGUGUAGAAAGACUGGUGAUCCUUGGUGACCAGUUGCCAAAGUUCUAUGAGGGUUGAGUAGGUUUCUGUGUCUAAGGUAUUAAUAAAUUUUGCUUAUAAAUUC